CCUGAGGGAGGCAUUGACUGUGGUCCUUUUGGUAGUUUCCUUCUCUUUUUUUCAGGGAUUUCAAGUUUAUUUCCUUCGGAGACUAACCAUUCCAUUUGUUUUCAGUUGAGCCACGAGGAUUAGAAGAAGAGAUGGACAAUUACCUUCUGCUCGGUCACUUCGUUGCAGGGAGGAAGAGUAAGAGGGACGCGACCAAGCAAAGCAGAAGCAGGCGCUCUUCCUCUCAUGGCGAAGAUAGUCCUCCUCGUGAGCAGGUCGUGAUCGAGGUGGAGGACCAGGAUGAUGCAGCCCUGGAAACGGGGACGAUGGCGAUCAACUCCCCGGCGCACUCUCUGAUGCUGGGUGGCGACCUAGCUGGGUGGUCCCAGGGAGCCUUCUCAGAGCGACCUCCUUCAUCACCCGUAGUGCCCUACGAGGUGGCGACCGAGGGUCGCUCAACGAGGUUCAACAUUCCGCCCCCGUCCCCAAGUCUAGGGGACGUGCAGCUGGAGACCCUGGUCACUCUGGACGCGCAAGAUCGGGCUCGCAUCUCGGCCGGUUCUGAGGAUGACCUCAACAACACGGUUCUCCUGAAGCUUAGCCAGGCUACGCUGGGGAUGAUCGAGCUCGUUGGCCGGAGGCAAGACCGCCAAGCAACGAUGGAUGAAGCGAGGAAGGCCGCAGAAGAUAAGCAGAGAGAGCUGCACGAGGAGGUCGCUCACCUCGCAAGGGAGUUAGAGGAGGAGAAAGGUCGCUCCGCCGUCAUUGAGACUAAGAACGCCUCCUUAUCUUCUGAAUUGGGGUCCGUUUCUGCUCGCGUAGCUGAGUUGGAGGGGGAGAAGACCGAUCUGAUCCAGCAGCUGGAGGUAGAGAAGAGCGACCAGGUCCGCCGCAUGGAGGAGGCGAUCGAGUCGUUCAAAUCUUCUCCUGAUUUCGCUGCGGUCGCUAUGGAGCAGAUGGACAAGCUGGUGGCCGAAUGGCUCAAAAUCGAGCCCGGGGUCCAAUGGAUGAACAAGGAGGGAAAGAAGUCCUUCAAUUGCGGACUCUUUCGUGCUCAACAAGUUUUCCGCAACAAGCUAGCCCGGUUCCCUAAGGGAUUCUCCUUCCCCGACCUUGAUUUUCCCCCUCCUUGUCGUGCCUUGGCUGAGUUCGACCCCAGUCCUUACUUGGACGAGGGGAGCUCAAGUGCCUCUAACGAGGAAGAAGAGGAAGCUGCGCUGGACGACCAAGGUGGGUCGGGCGACCAGAACCCUGGGGCCAACCCAGCGGCGUCCAAGGCGGGUGGAAGCGCUAGCUUGGGCAUCUGAUUUACCUCCUUUCCCUUGUCUUUCUUACCUUUAAACUUGUAAGACUUGUGAUUUUUUGGAACGCUUUGGUGCUUUGAUACAAUAUCCCAUGUUUGAUGUUUUGCUUUAUUCAUCUCGUGCCUUUACUUUCAUUGUG